AUGGAGCAAAAGUCAUUCCUGGGGACAUUAUCCCCAUGGAGUACCCCGAGGAGCACAACGCCGCAACCCGAUCGCCAGGGCUCAGAGGUCUUGCAGCGGUCCCAAGGAGAGGAUCAUACAGUGACACAUAGGCAUCGAUUAAGCCUGCGUCGUUAUCCUCCGGAUUGCCCUCCGUUGAAAGUGAGGUGGUUUUACGCAGUGGACUCGCCCAAACGAAAGCCAUCCUUACUAGAGCAGAAAAAGACCGACCAGAAGCCAUUGCCAUUGCCAAAGAAAUUUAUUCCUUUCCCUGGAAAAGACUCUCAGUCUAUUGAAGCCACAUUUCAAAAACUUUCGGAAAUUGAAGAUGCCCAGGAAGUUCAGGCCGAGGAAUCCAAGAAACCCGCACAGUCUGUCUCAACCAAAGUGCCUGUGAACGAGGAUUAUCUGUUUGAUGUGGAUGUAGAACAGCGAGAAUUAAGUCCCACCUAUUGGAUCGGCCCUGUUUAUGAAGUUCGCCGUGGAACCUGGUUCGUCCAAGAUGGGUCUGGAUUAAAACCAUGCGAAGAGAAUCUUGCUACGCAGCUUGAAGAAGGCUACAUCAAGCUUCGUCCCUGGAAGAGCGAGCCAACAGAGUCGGAGUCCUCGGAGCAGGCUUUCAAAAUCAACGAACAGGAUCUUGCUAUUCGACAAGAGGAUGUGCAGACCACCUCCCAAUCAUUUCGACGGCCAACCAACCCAGCCUCUACCGACAAGGGCACAGGAAACGAUCCCAGCCAAUUCGCGACAGAGCCUCAACAGUAUCGUCUGUUUGGGGCUUAUAUGAACAAGAUUGUUUCCUAUCAAGAUUCUUCAACUGCCUGGCUGAUAAAUGAUGAUAUGAUGUCACGGUUCAGUACUACCGUCUAUCAGAAACUAGGAGGUGUUCCGGGUGCCAAAUUGGUGCGUGGCUUCGAGCCCAAGAAGUCGAAGGAAACGGACAACAAGACUUCUGAUCGAAAGGCCGAGAAGGCAUCAAAGUCCAACGACAAAUUCGGAAUGAAUCCCGAAAAGAACAAGUUAGACACACCAAAAGCGUCGCCCGUGGAAUCAGUCGAAGGAGCCGAUAAUUCUGAAACCAGAUCGAUGACUACCUUGGAAAGACAAAUGUCGUCCCUUGCCGGCGAACCGCAGAACCCUGCUGAACUUGAGGAGCAGGCUCGAAAGCAGGAAGAACAAGAAAUGGAGGAUUCGAGGGAAGUUGACAGUGAGGACAGAGAGCGUGAGGUUGACCAUUUGGUCCUUGUCACCCAUGGGAUUGGCCAGCGGCUAGGGUUGCGACUUGAGAGCAUCAAUUUCAUACAUGAUGUGAAUGUACUCCGCAAGACACUGAAGACUGUCUAUAAAGCUUCGCCUGAUCUUCAGGCAUUAAACUCUGCACUGCCUGACAGCGAGAAGAAUUGCCGUGUUCAAGUGCUUCCUGUGUGA